AUCAAAUCUAUGCAACCUGACUCGGAAAUACAUAAACGUUUACGUGCUGUAACAUCAAAAGACUCUACCCCGAGAAGAAAUUCUCCAAAAAAUCUUAAGAAGACCCCAAGUGCGAUUAGUACACCGACAACAACAAAGAAACAGACUGAUUUAACAAGAUUCCUAUCGAAAUUCGACAACAAAACACCAAACAAUGUUGUCUUAACCACUGAUGUGUCUCAAGAUUUACCAAACUCUAAACUUGUAGAUAAAUUCUCCGAGUUAAUUAGCUAUUCAAGUGAGGAGGGAUUCCUUAGACGCAAAGAAUUAGAUGUCUUGAAAUCAGUCACACAUGAAGAAGCGAUAAAAGAUACUAUAUCGCAUCUUGAAACGGCGGAAGAAAACGAAAAUGUAUUAACUACAAACAUAUCUAGUGCAGUGAAACGUACUUAUAUACAAGAAGAUUCCAAUUUGGUGGAUAAUGUAAAACAAUUUUCAUCCCAAUAUAAUAAUCUUAAUAUAAGCAGAACACCUAGGCGAAGUGCAAUUAUGGCUUUACAAAAUAUUAGUCUUAUGUCUUUAGAGCAAAGUAUAUCUUCAACAAGUCGUGGUAAUAACCGAACAAAAAUUAUUGCGAAAGAAAUGGAUAUUUCUGCUAUGCAAGAAGAGAAUACGCCAAAAAGUCAAAAGAAAGUAAAAAGACGUACAUCAUGCACAGCAAAAGACCUUGAUAUUUCGGUGGCAAGUCCAAAAAUAAAAAAACGGCGUACAUUAUAUACACCGAGACUUACAAGUAUUGAAAGUGAGCAAGUAGAUACAACUAAUAUUGAUCUCAUGACCUCAACACCUACUCAAGACAAAAAUAAGGAAUCUUCGAAAAGCUCACAAAGUGACUCUACACCGCAAACAUCGAAAACAUUAGUGAAAAGGAUGUUAACACCUUUUGCAAGUUCGACACUAAUCUUUCAGAGUUCACAAAGUGAUUUUUCGGAGCCAAUGUCAACAGUUGAAAAUGUUGGAACACUAACUAGAAAUGAAUCGCAUACAUCAUUUCUAAGUACGAAAAGUGAAGUUUCAAAUGAUCAUUUGGACACAACCAUAAGCGAUGAACUAAAAACGCCUGUGCAAGAAAAAUUCAAUAAUACAAACGGAAAUUUAUUGAUUGAUGAACAUGCCAAUGUUUUUAGCUCGUCGCGCCAACCAGGAAACCGCCUUAGUGUUAAUAAAACACUCAUGGACAUCGUUUCACAACGUGUACAAAAUAUUAACAAAUCUGCCAGGCGAUCAUUACUACCACCGACAAUACAUAGUGAAUUAGAAAUGCAUCGCAAAUUCUUGAAUUCUGAAAUGCUUUCACAAUGUACACCAAAAGAACCACUUACUGUUACAGUUAAAACUACCACAUUAAAUUGUGAUAGCUGUGAUAUACCUUCAGAAGUAUACAGUACAGAACAAGUGCUGCAAGAAGAUAGAAAUGCUACUGCUACACCACCAGUUGCAAUUAAGAAACGUAAACUCUUUAUGCCAAACGAAAGUCCAUUGCCACAAAGCAAUGAUAAUAAACAUACAUCCAAUAUCAAUACAAAUAAACGUCGAAAAACUAUUUUGCCAACUGUUCAAAAGCAACCAUCGCCCUCAGCAGCACCACCUUCAUCACCACCACCAAGACCGCCACCAAUUUCUGUGAUCACUCCAUUGACAACAUUUGCCAACAAUAAAAUGACAGACUCAAAAAAUGCCAAUUCCGCUGAUGCCAAUCAAGAUGAUAUAUUUCUAAAUAAAAAAGCUGCGGAAAGCUUUUCAAAAGCACUGGAGAUAAAAGCUCAAAACGCAAAAAGUGAUAAACAAAAAACCAUAAACAUUUAUAAAAAAGCAAAAUUAAGCUCAGUAAGGGGCAAAAAAAAAGCUUCGCAUAUCGUUUGCACUAAUAUGCACAGUAAAGAGGUCGAAUCAACUCGAGAGGCUAUCAAGAAACUUGGAUGCUUUCAAUUGGAGAAGCGAGUUACAAAUGAGACUACACACAUUAUAACGACAGACCCGAAACGUACAUUGAAUCUGUUGCGUGGAUUGGUGCGUGGCCUUUGGAUACUGAAAUAUGAUUGGAUAAAUGAAUCAUUAAAUGCUGGUAAAUGGCUGUACGAGGAACCAUUUGAAAUACACGAAUUUUCAAGAGCUAUUAAGAUCUGUCGUGCAGAACGACAAGCAUUUGGUAAAAAGUAUAGAAGCGAACUGUUUUCAGAACUGGAACCAUUUUUUGUGUCAUCGGAAUGUCAUAAUAUAUCUAAAGAUGAUUUGGAAGAGUUAAUUGAGUUAGGAGGCGGCAGAGUCGUCCAACAUCGAAAGCAAGCAAAAUACAUUGUGUGCGACAAGAAGAGCAACAAAGAAAAUAAAAUUCACGUGACAUAUUUUUGGGUGUUGGACAGUUUGACUCAAAUGGAAUUACGUAGAAUACACCCCUAUUCACCGAAGGGUUGUGAACUGGAAUUAGUAGCCCCUCAAGAAAUGCCAAAAUCAUAUGAUGAUAGUAAAAGCGUUCACUAUAACCCCAAUAUCAAUCCAAGGAAUGUUUAAU